GAAAGAAAACACCACCCACCCCACAAAAAAAAAAAAAAAAAAAAAAAAAAAAAAAAAAAGAAAAGAAAAGAAAAGAAAACUUCUAAACGUACGAACAAACAGCUGUCGAGCACCGACUACAUAGUCAAGAGACCUGUGAUCGUGUACUUUCAUCCGGGCGGCUUCUACAAACUGUCCAGCCAAAGCCUGACCGUUGGACCACAGUACAUGCUGGACCACGACGUCGUCCUCGUGACUGCGAACUAUCGCCUCUCGUCUUUGGGCUUCAUGAGUACGGGCGACGCGCUACUCCCGGGCAAUCUCGGGCUGAAGGACCAAGUGGAGGCCCUGCGCUGGGUGCAAAAGAACAUAGUGGCCUUCGGUGGCGAUCCCGAGUCCGUGACCUUGAGCGGAUGUAGCGCAGGUGCCUGGAGCGUCUCGCUCCACCUCGUCUCGCCAAUGUCCAAGGGAUUGUUUCAUCGAGCCAUCGCUUCGAGCGGCUCUGCCGUUUAUCAGGUGGCCUUGCCCACGAAUCAGUCGCACCUGGCGAGAAAACAGGCCGAGCUCCUCGACUGUCCCACUGACACGGUUGGCAACAUGCUCGUCUGUCUCAACACCAAGACACCCGAGGAGUUUGCCGACCUUAGUGUGGUGCAUCUCGACGAUCUGCUGUACCUAUUCCGCAGUAGCUCCUUCCCAGAUUUCGAAAAAGAUUCUCUCGAGACGAAAACGAUCGAACGCAUGACGGCCAUAUGGUCGAAUUUCGCAAAAACCGGCGAGCCAAUGCCAAAAGAUUCCAACGAUACUCUGUUCAAGGAUGUUACCUGGGAAAAGUUUACCCCGAAAAAUCAAAAAUACCUUGACAUCGGCAAAGAGCUCGCAAUGAAGACUGGACUGAAUUCCGAGCGAAUGAGCUUUUGGGACAAAGUAUUCAACGACACACCACAGUCAGCUUGAUCGAGGUAAAAUGUGAUACCUACCGACAACUACAUUGGGAUCGGAUGAACUGAGAUGCGCCAUGUAUACAAUAACUCAUGGCUGGUUGAACUCCCUUUGGCAAUCCUUGCGAGAGUCACGGGAUUGCCAAUCCCAAUACCGCAAGUAUGAUAUAUAUUUUGCAUUGUAACGAUUUUCACCGAUGAGCUACUAAAUAUCGUAAAGAGUAUUUCACGCGAGCUGUACACUCUCGCGUAUAAGUAUUGUACGAAUGUACUUUGUAAGGAAUUUUUUUUUUUUUUUUU